AUGGCGGCGCCUCUCCUUGGCUGGGAGAGGAGUCCCGAGCACGUUGUUUCCAGUGUAAACCCUCGCUUUGGUUACAAACCCUGCCCUCCUCCCCUCCCUCCCCCCUCCGGAGGCUGUGUAUCUGUCUCACAUUCACAUCCCAGCCUGUCACUAGCACAUCCGAAGGCGAGCAUGGCGCAAAGGGGGCCACUCGUGUCUCCAACAGGGACCCUCCCCAGGACAGCCCCUAGCCUGGCGCUGCUGCUGCUGCUGCUCGGUGCCUGCUGGGCUGCGCGCCCCUCGGAGCAGUGGGGCGGCCAGAGCUCCAGCUGGGUGACCCGGGCAAGAAGGAACCCGCGGGAGCUGCUGUUCCGCGGCGGAGGCGGCGGCCGGGAGGAGGCUAGUGCGCUGGGGCGCGCUGGCGAAGGCGUGGGGGCUGCUGCGGGGAGUCGCUCCAGGAGAGCAUCCUCCACCUCCUCCCGCCCAGCCAGGGAGCAGGUCUCUCUGAUCAGCACCUCCUUCGUGCUCAAAGGGGACGCGUCUCACAACCAGGCGAUGGUGCACUGGACGGGCGAGAACAGCAGUGUGAUUCUGAUCCUUACCAAGUAUUACCAUACUGACAUGGGGAAGGUGCUGGAGAGUUCUUUGUGGAGGUCAUCAGAUUUUGGAACAUUAUAUACAAAGCUGAAUCUGCAGCCCGGGAUUACUACAGUCAUUGACAAUUUCUACAUUUGUCCCACCAACAAAAAAAAGAUAAUUCUUGUGAGUUCUUCACAUAAUGACCGGGACCAGAGCCUUUUCAUGAGCAUAGAUGAAGGAGCCACUUUUCAAAAGCAGCCCAUUACCUUCUUUGUGGAAACCCUGGUUUUUCACCCAAAAGAUGAGGAUAAGGUGAUUGCUUACACCAAGGAAGGCAAGCUAUAUGUGUCAGUUGACUUGGGGAAAAAAUGGACUCUUCUGCAGGAACGAGUGUCAAAAGACCAUAUUUUUUGGGCCGUUGCCGGAGUUGACAGAGACCCUGAUUUGGUUCAUAUGGAAAUCCAGGACCCCAGUGGAGGUUAUCGCUACAUCACCUGUCAGAUUCAGAAUUGCUCUGAUAAAACACCGACAGUCCAGUUUGCUGGCAGCAUCGACCGGGAUUCCUUGACUGUGCAGGAUGACUACAUAUUCCUCCAGACAACAUCAGCAAAUCGGACUAAAUAUUAUGUCUCUUACCGUCGAAAUGACUUCAUACAGAUGAAGCUACCAAAAUACGCAUUGCCAAAGGAUUUACAGAUUAUCAGUACAGAUGAAAACCAAGUAUUUGUGGCUGUUCAAGAAUGGUACCAGACAGACACGUACAACCUGUACCAAUCUGACCCACAGGGUGUAUACUACUCCAUUUUACUAGAGAAUGUCAGGAGCACUAAGCAGCCAGAAGAGAAUGUCCUGAUAGAUAUUCUGGAGGUCAGAGGUGUUAAAGGAGUCUUUUUGGCCAAUCAGAAAAUUGAUGGGAAAGUUACAACUCUAAUAACCUACAACAAAGGUCGUGACUGGGACUAUCUGACCCCUCCAAUCUCUGAUAUGAAUGGUAAACCAACCAACUGCAAACCUCCUGAUUGCCAUCUUCAUCUCCAUCUCCGCUGGGCAGACAAUCCAUAUGUGUCAGGAACAGUCCAUACCAAGGAUACUGCACCAGGGCUCAUAAUGGGGGCAGGUAAUCUGGGCUCCCAGCUGGUUGAGUAUAAAGAAGAAAUGUACAUAACAUCUGAUUGUGGGAAUACCUGGCGGCAGGUCUUUGAAGAAGAACAUCACAUCUUGUAUCUGGACCAUGGUGGAGUCAUUGUGGCCAUCAAAGACACUUCUAUCCCUCUGAAAAUACUCAAGUUCAGCAUAGAUGAAGGUCAGACAUGGAGUACACAUAAUUUCACCAGUACGUCAGUCUUCGUAGAUGGGCUACUCAGUGAACCUGGAGACGAGACAUUAGUCAUGACAGUCUUUGGACACAUCAGUUAUCGUUCAGACUGGGAGCUGGUGAAAGUAGACUUCAGACCAUCUUUCCCUAGGGAGUGCACAGAAGAUGACUACGAAUCUUGGGACCUCACAGAUCUACAGGGUGAUCGCUGCAUCAUGGGUCAGCAGAGAAGUUUUCGGAAGAGGAAGAUUUCAUCCUGGUGCAUUAAAGGGAGGAGUUUCACAUCUGCUCUCACAUCCAAAGUUUGCGAGUGUGCAAACUCUGAUUUCUUAUGUGAUUAUGGAUUUGAACGUUCAGCACCUCUGAAAUCAGAAUCCAGCAAGUGCUUUGCUAACUUUUGGUUUAACCCAGAAUCACCCCCUGAAGAUUGCGUAUUAGGGCAGGCCUAUGUGAGCAGCACAGGGUACAGGAAAGUGGUGUCUAAUGUAUGUGAAGGUGGUGUUGACUUGCAGCAGAAUCUAGCCCAGCAUAUGUGUCCACUGAUUGCUCCCAAAAGACUGCAGAUCAGCAUCAAAGGAGAGAGCCUAGCUGUUAAACCUGGAGAAGAUGUCACCUUUGUAGUCACACAAGAGCAGGGAGAUAUUCUAAAUACCAAGUACCAGGUGGACCUUGGAGAUGGCUUUAAGGCAAUAUACGUGAACCUCACAAUGACAGGGGAACCCAUUCGGCACCGUUAUGAGAACCCUGGGAUUUACCGUGUCUCAGUCAGGGCGGAGAAUGUUGCCGGGCAUGAGGAGGCAGUGGUAUUUGUUCAAGUUAAUUCUCCACUGCAGGCUUUACAUCUAGAAGUGGUUCCAGUCAUUGGGAGAAACCAGGAGGCGAAUUUGACAGCCAUCGUAUUGCCCAAGAACCCUAACUUGACAGUCUUCUACUGGUGGAUAGGAAACAAUCUUCAGCCACUUCUCACUUUGGACAGUUUUUUGGUGACAAGAUUUGCUGAGACAGGUGAGGUGAGAGUUACAGUGCAGGCCUCCUGUGGGAACUCCAUGCUGCAGGAUUCCAAGAUUGUCCGAGUUUUUGAUCAUUUUCAAGUUCUUUCUCUAAAGUUUACUAAACAUCUGGACAUGUACAACCCCAACAUACCAGAGUGGAGGGAAGACAUAGGCCUGGUAGUAACACGACUUCUUGCAAAGGAAACUAAUAUCCCUGAAGAAACACUGGUGACAGUGGUGAAACCUGGUCUGCCCACAACUGCUGAUUUGCUCGUGCUGCUUCCAGCAAACCAGCCAAAGCGGAAGAGAAGUAUAACUAGUGAUAAGAGAAUAGCUGCUAUAAAGCAGGCCUUGAAUGCACAUAACAUCAGCUUCUUCCUGAGGGAAGGAUACUGGGUCUUAGUGACGUUAGCCGGCUCUGAUUCAGACUCUCAGAGGAUUGGAGGAGGCAGUGGAUACUGGGCUAUAGUGGUUCUCUUUGUUAUCUGUCUAGUUGUAGUUGGGGCCUUCAUUCUCUACAAGUUUAAAAGGAAACUGCCAGGCAGAAAUGUCUAUGCCCAGAUGCACAACGAAAAGGAACAGGAGAUGACCAGCCCUGUUAAUCACAGUGAGGACACCCAGAACAUCAUCCAGGGUGAGGAGUUUAUUGAUGAUGAUCUGGAUUCUCAGACGCUGGGUAACGCAAGAGUGACUCCUUCUGGGAGAGGUGGAAACUUGAACAGCUACAGAGUUCCCUUAUUGCUGAUGCCGGUCAGUGUCCAGUCCCAGGCAAUCACUCAGGCGUGGUUUUGA